CUGCCAGAAAGGUGUUGUUUUGGCAGAGAGUUUAACGGUUUCGUCAGUUAGCAAAAGAAUUUCGGACUGGUGAAACGUGUAAACGGAAAGCAAUAACGGCAGCGAAACGCUCAACAAAAAUUAAUAAAACCAAAAAAAAGAAAAAAAUUACAACAAAAAAAAAAGAAAUAAUAAAACCGAAAGGAAAACGCAUUGUGGCAGCAACUACUAAUAACUAAAUAGUGUGUCAUGUAGCUGAAUGAGUGUGUGUAUGUGAGCAGCAGUGGGGAAGCAGCAAGGCAGUAAAGGAAAAGGUUGUGCAAGAAGAAGAAGAAGCAGCAACAGCGUACAAACAAGUGAAAAAAGUGAAAAAGCUGAGCGCCGGAGCACUAAAAAAGUAACGAAAAUAAUUUGUAGUGAGGUAAGAAAAACGUAGUGAAAAAAGUGAAAAAUAUAGUAAAAGUGUGACAAAAAUUGUGCAAAGUGCUUAAUGCAAGCGGACGGAGUGUCGGCGAGGGAAAUUGGGGCAGCAGCAGUAACAGCAGCAGCAGCAACGGCAGAGCCAGCCAGGAAUUCGAAACUUUAGGGGUGCCACAUAGAUGAUAUGUUAAACGCUAGUGGCAACAUUCAAUGGCGAUGCCAACAAGCUGAACUGAUUCCGGUAUCCUACAAAUGCAUCAGACAUAUUUUGUUAUCACACGCAGAUGGCACAUUGAAACUGCAUAACGCGACGGGAGAGCACAACAAUAACCAUUGAAAGGUUUGCAAGAACCAACAAAAUUGCUUUCAAAUUGAAACAUCCGCAAUUCUCACCUACCCACCUGCCUACCUACAUACUCGUACAUUACCCAACACACACAUAAAUAGUACACUGAAAGACAUAUCAACAACGACUUCAUACAUAAUCACAUACAAGCAAGCAAGCACGCACAUUAGGUACCUGUUGUUGUCACCGACAUACUCACUCUCUCUCAUUCUACCUACAAAAACACAUAGAAAAUAUUUGGUUUUUAUGAGGCACCAUCAGACACGCACCUAUCAAAGCUCCCAAAUGAAAUUCAUACCUAAAAAUAUGCACUACUCGCAUGCAGCUAUGAAUCUGAUAAAUAUGGAUUCGGAAAAUCGGGUCGUGCUGAAUGUGGGUGGCAUUCGGCACGAAACGUAUAAGGCUACAUUGAAGAAAAUACCCGCCACAAGAUUAUCACGCCUCACCGAGGCGCUAGCCAACUAUGACCCCAUAUUGAAUGAGUAUUUCUUCGAUCGACAUCCGGGGGUCUUUGCUCAAGUACUAAACUAUUAUAGAACCGGCAAGCUGCACUAUCCAACAGACGUUUGUGGGCCACUGUUUGAGGAGGAGCUCGAGUUUUGGGGCUUGGAUUCGAAUCAAGUAGAGCCGUGUUGUUGGAUGACAUACACACAGCACAGAGACACACAAGAGACAUUGGCGGUAUUAGAUCGUCUGGACUUAGAUACAGAAAAACCGUCCGAAGAGGAAUUAGCGCGCAAAUUCGGCUUCGAGGAGGACUACUACAAGGGCACAUUGUCGUGGUGGCAGGAAAUGAAACCGCGCAUCUGGUCGCUUUUCGAUGAGCCAUACAGUUCGAAUGCGGCCAAGACGAUCGGCGUCGUUUCGGUGUUCUUCAUUUGUGUGUCCAUAUUAUCAUUCUGCCUAAAAACACAUCCCGACAUGCGUGUGCCAUACCUCGUUAAUACAUCCGUGAAUACCGCCAACGGUAAUAUGGCCUGGUACAUCGAUAAGCCCCAAACGAAUGCGCAUAUAGCUUUCUUUUAUAUCGAAUGUGUUUGCAAUGCCUGGUUCACGUUCGAAAUACUGGUUAGAUUCAUAUCCUCGCCAAAUAAAUGUGAAUUCAUAAAGUCAUCUGUUAACAUCAUAGAUUAUAUAGCAACGCUUAGUUUUUAUAUCGAUCUUGUGCUUCAACGGUUCGCCUCUCAUCUAGAGAACGCCGAUAUUUUAGAAUUCUUUUCAAUAAUACGUAUUAUGCGUCUAUUUAAAUUGACGCGUCAUUCGUCCGGCCUUAAAAUUCUAAUACAAACGUUUCGUGCAUCGGCAAAAGAGCUCACGCUGCUGGUGUUUUUCCUCGUAUUGGGCAUUGUGAUUUUCGCAAGCCUAGUUUACUAUGCGGAACGCAUACAACCGAAUCCGCAUAAUGAUUUUAAUAGUAUCCCGUUGGGUCUGUGGUGGGCACUGGUCACUAUGACCACCGUCGGUUAUGGUGAUAUGGUGCCGAAGACCUAUAUUGGCAUGUUUGUGGGCGCAUUGUGUGCGCUCGCCGGUGUGCUAACGAUCGCACUGCCCGUACCCGUCAUUGUGAGCAACUUUGCCAUGUACUACUCGCAUACGCAAGCACGAGCCAAACUGCCGAAGAAACGGAGAAGAGUGCUUCCUGUUGAACAGCCCCGUCCACCAAGGCUGCCAGGUCAACCGGGCGGCGUCAGCGGUUGCGGUACACCCGGCUCUGGUCCGCAUUCCGGGCCCAUGGGAUCUGGCGGCACCGGUCCGCGGCGUAUGAACAAUAAAACAAAGGAUUUGGUCAGUCCGAAAUCAGGUCCUAUUGGCGCCAGCAUUGUGGCGAUGAGUCCGCGCACUAUGUUAGACUUGAAUCCAGCAUUGGCGAUGAGCAAACCGACUUUUGAAUCAAAAGGUCCACCUAUAACCAGCAAAGAUAUCAAGGAUACAACAAACAUACGCAAUCCACUGGAUGCUGGUGGCAUGAAGAACUUUUUAUAGAUGUAGUAUUUGUAUAAAUAGAGAAAUAAAGAUAUUAAAACAAAAAAAAAAAAAACAAAAAAAAAAACAGAAGCAAAAAUAAAAUAACAGAAAAGGCAUGUCAGCAGAUGUAAUGCACUAAAAGGAAUUUGUCGAAAGCGAAGGAAGUGGAAGGCAAGUGAAGAUCCAAAAAUAAGAAAUAGUUUAUAACAAAUAAAAUAUGCAAUAAGAAUGGCAUGCAAAGCAGAGAGGAAAGAAAAUAUGAAUUGAAAACCAAAUUGCAUUUUAACUAAUUGACUAACUAAUUUAAUUACUAUUAUAGCUAAAAAGAGAAAUAAAAUCGCAGAAUAGGCGGCAAGAGAUGAGAGAGAAAAUGUUAGCUCUAUUGCGAGCGGCCUACUCGUUAUUUGUAAUAUACCUAUACAUACAUACAAACAUACAUAAAUAGCAAAUCUAAUAGCCUAAUUCUAACCAACUAUUUACUUACUACUACCAACAUACUCACUUACAUGCAUACUUAAUACCAACAAAAACAAAAAAAAAAAUUAAAAAUAUGCCCGCAUAUGACCCAAAAAAUCAAAAGGACGCUUCUUAUCAAUGUGAAUAUCAUAAAAAUCGUGCAAUAUUAGUUACUUAAAGAAAAUUAAAAAAAUAAAUACUCAACGUUUCAAGCUCAACUCAAUGCUUUACCGGCAAACAUGUCUCACAAAUGGUUUUGAAAACUUAAUCGGUGCAACGCAAAAUUGAAGACAAACCAGCAUAAAUAUUCAACGAAUCAAAAACAAAAAACAAAAAAAUAAAAAUAAAAAAUACCAAAAUUAUUGCAUACAAAUUUAUGCAGCGUGAUGAUUUUGCAUACAGUGAAAACAAACAAAAAAUACCAAAAAAUACUUCAAUCCCUUUUCCAUUCUUUUUUUCUAAGAACCAGACAUGCAUACAUACGUACGUAUCAGUCCACCAGGCAUCUCACAACAAUUAAGUAUUUGAAAAACCAACUUCAAUUUCCUGCAAACUCAAACGUAAAAAACAAAAAAAAAAACAAAUUAAUUUUCUAAAUGACGUAACCGACAGACAUAUCAACCAAUUGUUGAAUAUUUAGUACCUAAAAACUAUGUAUGGGGGGGGUACCCAUUUGUUUUUAGUUGCUACUCUAAGACACAUCCCUAAAUAGUACUUUGCCAAUGCGCGCUCUAUUGUAAAAAUUUAGCAAAUUUAUUGCUCUAUUAGAAAAGUUUCGAUUUUUUAAAUUUUAGUCAAAGUUCUUUUUCGGCGUUCUAAAGUAGCAAACCUACGUACUACCACUACGGUACAUAUCCAAGCCUCCUGAACCAGUUUGGCUCCAGUUGAAAAUAUAUCAAAUAGGAACGAAUCGAAUUGUAAACACUAUUUCUUGUAGCUAUGUAUUAGUGAAGCGACUUAUAGAAAUAAAAAAAAAUAUAAAAAUUAAAAAAAUAAAAAUUAAACACGCAAAGGAAAAGAAAAAAGUUUUUAGUUUCUUUUUUAUGCAAAUUAAAAAAAUAAUAAUAAUAAGUAACAUAAAAAAUUAAUUGAUAUUGAAAUAUUCUAAAAUGUUGAACAUCUAUAAAAUUUUCUAUGCAUACUUUGUGGCAGUUAAAUGAUUGUAAAAAGAAAAAAAAAUGAAUUAAUUAAAUUUUAACUUUAUUGAAUAAAUUAAUUCAUAAUUAAUUAAUUAAAAAAUUUGGUAAAAAUUUAUUUA